AAGAUAAAACCUCAACACAUAAUACUAACACCAAAUUUUAUCUUUAGCAACAACAUAUCCGUUGAAAUUUCAUUUGCACACACUGCAUUGUUCUGUGUCUCGUCUCGCUAUCCAUCUAACAACUCAGUCUCUCAAUGUUGCUUCAUCACUGCUCUUGUUCCCUGUUCAAUUCCCCAAAUCCAAAACCCGACCCACCAAUUUCAUCAUCCGGAGCUCCGCCUCCGACACCCAAACCCGAACUCUCCAACGGCUUCACCGACCAACCACCCGCCUCCACCUCCACCUCCACCUCUACUCCCUCCUCCGCUUCCGGGCACGGGAAUCGCGCGAAUGAGUUGGAGAAGCAGCGGAAGGAGAGAAGAAGAAAGAGGGGAAAGUGCCGACGCUAGCGGAGCUGAGAUAAUGAGGUUGACGACGCUAGGGUUUCAGAUGAAGGUUGGGAAGGCGGGGAUCACCGAAGGGAUCGUUAACGGGAUUCACGAGCGGUGGUGAGGAUUGUUUGUGAUGAUAUUUGCAGGAUUAACAUGAAAAGGACUCAUGACUUGUUGGAGAGAAAAACUGGAGGACUUGUUGUUUGGAGAUCGGGAAGUAAGAUAAUAUUGUACAGAGGGACUGAUUAUAAGUAUCCUUACUUCCUCUCAGAUACGGUUUCGAGAGAUGAGCACAUUGGUGAUGCUGAGCAACAUAUGGAUCGCAAUGAUGAAAAUUGUGAUGAAAGAGAGAGGCACUCAUCUGAAACAAACUCAGAAAUAUAUGCUGGCCAUAGUUCAAACUCCAAAACAUCAAAACCAGCUUUGAUACAAGGUGUUGGUACUCCAAAUAAAGUACGAUUUCAACUGCCAGGUGAGGCAGAGCUUGCAGAAGAUGCAGACAGCUUAUUAGUGGGGCUUGGGCCACGAUUUACUGAUUGGUGGGGGUAUGAACCUCUGCCUGUCGAUGCUGAUCUUCUACCUGCUGUUGUUCCUGGAUAUAGGCAGCCUUUUCGCCUACUUCCAUAUGGUGUGAAGCCUAAACUGACGGAUGAUGAAAUGACAACUUUGAGGAGACUUAGCAGACCUAUACCAUCCCAUUUCGCAUUAGGUAGAAACAGGAAACUUCAAGGAUUGGCUGCUGCAAUUAUUAAGCUUUGGGAAAGAUGUGAGAUUGUCAAGAUUGCUGUAAAGAGAGGUGUGCAGAAUACUAACAGCGAGAUUAUGGCUGAAGAGAUAAAGGUCUAUUAUUUAUUUAUUUGCUGAUAAUUUUCAAAUUUAAUCAAAUUUAGCACUUAUGGUUCAAUAUUUUGAUAAAUAGAAGUGCCUGUCAUAGAAUACACCUGCUCUUUUGGGUGCCAUAUGUUGUGGAUGAAUGAAAUGAAACUACUGCAGUUAACUACUAUUUAUCAUCAAGGUCAUUUGUACAUUGUUUGGGAACAUUAGCAAGGAUAUUUGGCCUUGGAAGGUAAUUAAAUUCACAUAAUUGUUGCCAA